AUGAUACAUUUGCAUCACGCGGUGCGGCUUCGACUUCUUGCCCAGCGGGUGAGCGCCGCUGGUGUCAUUUCUCCUUCUAAUUGUGGGAUGUCUCUGCACGCAUUGCGGCAACUGGGCGCAUGCAAUGUGCAUGACCGCGAGCUCCUGAAACGAAUCGACGAGGUGUACCGGCAGGCAGACCUUCGUUCUCGAGCCAACAUGUUCCAUUGCCUGGCGUGCUGCGUCCGUGAGCAGUGCUCCGUUUACAAGGGUCUGCCAGAGGCAUUGCCUCCCCUAAUAACGAGUAUGCAGGAAAGUAUACUUGGCGAUGUUGAUGAACUUUCCCCCACGGAGUGCAUUCUGGUAAUGGAGGGGGUUGUGAAGGUGACACCGUAUCGUUGUGCCACCACACACUUGGCGGCUAUUCUCCGUAACCGCUCAACCGCACUUGUUGCUAUUGUGAGUAACCCCGUUGAGCUUAGCGGCAUUGCCCGGAUUGCUGUGGAGGCAAUGCAGGAGGCUCAACCCCACUCCACAGAAACAGAUGGAGAGCAAGGGGAGGAAUACCGCCUGCGUCUUGGAUGGUCACGGGAACUUCGGGAGAUUAGUGAGACGAUUGAAUCGCGUUUAGAUUCCUUUGGCAAGCAGGACCUUCUAACGCUGGUGGAUGCGAUUACGCUGCGAGUUACGCCAAAGAUGGAGAAAACGACAGGGACGGGAGAGGAUAGAUUGCGGAAGUUGGGCGAAUGGCCCUCUCGCGAUGUCCCCGAGGAGUGUCGGUCUCUGUUGUUGCGGGUGUUGAGUAGUACAAGGCAGCGUCUUACGGUGCUUUCACCGUCACAGUUAAGUGCAUGGCUGCUUCGUGUUGUGCACCUCCACCAACAGCACUACCCAAUUUUCAUGAGUAUUGUUCAGCGGCUGGGUGAACAGCAUGUACGGUCCUCCAUGUCAGCUUCACAGCUAUCGAGGUGUAUUGAUUCUCUUGGUGAGACGAUAAGUAUCUGUCAUGAAGAAAAUUUUUUGAGUCGCACAGACCUGCAGUUUGUCUCGUCUGUUGUAAAUAAACUCCUGGAGACAUUGGUGCAUAUCUUGGAGAAGGACGGCGGGUCAAGCGAAGACUGUUCGGCGUACCUUGUGCCUGCGAUGUUAUCGCUAUCGGAGGAAGUCGUAGCUGGAAACGUGGAGAUUUUGCACCCAUUAAUGGAGCGUUUUUUUAUUAUUCUAUACCGGCACUUUGGGAAACUCACGCCGCGAGAGCGUGCGGACGUGGUCACCGCUGUGUUUCUCUGGGGUUUGCUGAAUAAAAAACCCGAACAUCAGCAGGAACGGCAGCGGGAUGCUGGCGCGUUAAAAAUGAGCGGCAACGAUGUAUGCUCUCCAGAUGCGUGGUGUAAAGUCGUGUUGAACAACAUGGACUCUUACAGCACGUUGGAUGCGUUGCAGAUUAUGAACGAGGUGACAUCGGCCGUGUAUGCGGAGGAGGCCGGAGCCUGCGCGUACAGUCCAUUGUCGGUUCGGCCUAUGCUUCUGCGGCUGCAUGAACGUUUGCAGGGGUCGAUAGGGAAUCUUGACGGGGUUCCGUCUUCCCACCUUACCCGUUACUUGACGUCCAUUUCAAAAUUGGGGUUGCGCCGCAAGGCGGAUUAUUACUGCGUGCUAAAAAUUCUUCAAGGGCGUGAGCUGACAGACUUUGAAAGCCUUCGAGUGCUUGGUGUUGUUGCACGUCAUCAUCUGCGCGCUGUGCCGUUAAUCACGGAGACUGUGCGUUGUAUUCCAAGUCGAGCAGCCUCGCUGCAUCCGAAACAGAAGUGCCUCGUGCUGAAGUACCUGGGACAGGUAAGGGCACAGCGCUUUGUUCAGGUGCCGCACCACCCUUCUUUGGCAUUUGGAGCGUUUUUGACCCGUGAAGAGGUGGUGAAAGAGAUAUCGGUGCUUAGUGCCAUGUUUGCAUUUGUGGGCCUUGUGGAACUGCGACAAUUUGAGAACCAAACAAUUGUUUGUCUCCUUCAAGGCCCCCUUUCUCGGCACGAUGAAUUCUCUGGCAUUCAUUCCGCAACGUCCCUCAGUGAAUUUAUUGCCGCAUUGUGCCGAGUCGACCGACGUCUCGUGCCCACGAAGAUGAUACAGGCUGUUCUCAAUGUGGUCACGAGUCGGUUAGCGACGUCACGGAGCUUCUUUGUGGACAUGGCGGACAUUUCCUUUUGGUUGCGAUUAGUGAGGGAGCGAUCUUCUUUGGGGGCCUACGUGGCUGCGAUGGAUCGUCAGGGUGAGAGUGAAAAGGAAGGUGCGGAGUACAUGACGGCGGUGUCAAAUUAUGUCUCCGUGGCAGCCGCCAUAGCUAAGACACGUCUAAUGGAUAUCUCUGGUUCUAAUGAUCUGAAAACCAACACAUUUCUUUUCAACCAGAUGGCGAUCGGCUAUCGAUUGGGCGUGUCGCUGCUGCCUGAGGCCGAAGAGCGUCUAUCGUGCCAUCUGGACACCAAACACCUUCCACAGCUUCUCAGUGACCCGCGGCAGGUCAUAAAUGCCGUGACAGUUGCCCGCCAAAUUCGGCAUUUAAACCCGACGGUCGCAAAGGAGGUGUUUCAUUUUGUUGAGAGGAAUGUUGGCUCGCUGGGUGCACAGGAGGCGCUAUUGCUUGGGGUAGAGAUGACAGAGUCGUUGUCUGACGCGGGUGAAUCAAAGGACCAGGUAGUGGAGAUGAUGCAUAAGCUGCACGCGCUGGCGAAGCAAAGCUUGAAUGAUGCACGACGACUGAAGAAGUUGAGCGUGCAGGAGGUAGCACUUGGUGCUCUUUACGGUGUUGUGAAGCGCCCAGUUUCUUCCACUUCCCGUUGA